AAAAUUGUUUGUAUUUUCAAUUUUCUCCCCCUCAGCUGGCCUGGUGAGCGCGGAAAAUCGGAGAUUUCAACAUGCGCAUAGGGGCACUUUUUAUGUCAUAUUUUUCUGCACUACCGUUUCAACAUCGAGUGGACACAUCGGAACGAUUAUAAGAGUGAAUAUUUCAGUUUUGUGCUACAUUCAGCGGAUUGAACCGGAUAGAGUUAUAAAACUACAGAAUCGCUUAAUUGAUCCGCGAAAAUGUGGACUUCACGAGUGGGCACGUUUUCUCGUAGUCUAAGGAAAACCUUGUUCAAUAAAGCAGAGGAGGGCACAUCGGGCAGACUAGAUGGAGCAAGAUGCUACUGAAUAUCGAUUUUGUGCAGAACAGAAAAUUAACUCAAAUGUAUUUGCCCUAAGCUGUGCUGUGUAGGGCCAACGAUUUGGGUGAUAUCAGAUAUAAGUGAAAGUGUAGUGUGGGAGUGUCGUUUUCAAAUUUAUUUUAAUUGAACGAAGAAAAUGAUGGAGGCCACUGAAAACGGAGGUAAUACGUCAUAUGAGCCCCUGGAAGGACGCAGGGCUUUCGACACAUCUGAUAGCCCGGAGAUGGAAGGAGGUGGACCCCCAAAGGAUAGGAAAAAGCUGGUAUUUUUUGCACUGAUGACGGCCGGUGUGGGCUUCGUACUACCGUAUAACAGUUUCAUUAUAGCCGCUGACUAUUGGCAGUCUCGAUUUCCGGGACAAUCGGUCGCGUUGGACAUGUCGAUGACGUACAUAAUUGUUGCACUGGGAGCAGUUCUACUCAAUAAUGUAUUCCUAUCGCUGGCACCGUUCCGCGUACGAGUUGCUUUUGGAUACGCGGUAUCGUUCACCACACUGGUUUUCGUAGCACUUUGUGAAGUAGCGUGGCAUAUGUUUACUGCCAAAACGGCAUACUCGGUCAAUUUGGCUGCCGUUUCUUUGGUGGCAAUGGGAUGCACAAUUCAACAGUCUAGCUUUUAUGGGUUUGCCAGCAUGCUGCCGAAACAGUAUACUCAAGCAGUGAUGGCCGGAGAAAGCAUUGCUGGCUUUUUGGUAUCUUCCAAUCGAGUUGUUACUAAACUUCUUAUCAAAAGCGAUCGAGCAUCAACAGCUAUAUUUUUCUUGACGUCCACGGUUUACAUAGCGUUCAGCUAUGUGCUACAUUCUAUCACUAGUCAUUCACCUUUCGUACGAUAUCAUAUGAAAGCUUGUGCUAAAAUUGUGCUUCGACCUGAUGAUGAUCAUACGAUGAGUGAUACCAUAGAGAAUGAAUUAUCCAAUGCCCGGUACGGUGUCCUAGCUUUGGAAUCCAGUCCACCAGUUCAUAUAGCUCCCGGUACGACAACUCUUAGUUUUAGCAAUCCUGUUUAUGAGUUGUCCAACCCAAGUGGAGCAGAAAAUGUACUGGAGACAAACAUAACUAAUCUAACGUCUACCACAACUAGUGUAGCAUCCAAUAAUAACGCUACUCAUCGCACAGUUACAUCACCGACAUCGGCCACAGCUCCGCACGAUGUGCCGAAUGUUGCAUUCAAAGUAGAGCAUGUGAUGACUCCUGAUAUUUGUACUGCUGGCCGAUUUGGAAGUUUCAGAAGUGGAUUAGAAUCGCGAUGGAAGGUUGCCCAUGCAAUCUACCCUUACAUGGCUUGCAUAGCACUGGCUUACUGUGUAACCCUCUCCCUCUAUCCUGGGAUAGAGUCAGAAAUAAUUUCAUGUAAUCUUGGAACAUGGAUGCCAGUACUGCUAAUGUUCACUUUCAAUACGUCUGAUGUAGUGGGCAAACUGCUGGCAGCAGUACCAUACAGCUGGUCACGGAGGCAACUUAUUCUGAUGUCCGGGUUGCGAGCAUUGCUUGUACCACUCAUAUUGCUGUGCUGUUCUCCUCGUGAUCAACCUGUGAUUGCAGGAGAAGCAUCCGCGUUCAUCUUUACUGCCGCACUAGGAGUCACAAACGGAUUGGCUGGGAGUUUGCCUAUGAUGCUCGCUCCAGAUAAAGUAUCGGCCACGUUACGUGAAGUAACUGGCAACAUGAUGACUCUCUCCUACAAUUUAGGGCUAACGGCCGGAUCGUUGGUAGGAUACGUGUUUGAAUCCAUGCUGGGUCCUCAACUUCCAAAUCCUUGUCCACAAUAUCCUUUCGUGCCACCCAAGCCCAAUCAACCACCUUUCAAUAACCUGAGCAUCAGCAGUACGACCAGUACCACAACGCUAGCAACGGCUAUUAUCACCACACUAUCUUCAGCAAUAAUGCAGUCUAGCACAACAUCUAUCAAUCCGGAGACAACUUCCAGCAUAUCACAUAUCGUGACGUCAACGGUGUCGCCACCAACCACAGUAUUAAAUCAGUUGCCAACCAGCGUUGAAACGGACACUAGCAGCCCAUUCGACGCCAGCAAUUUAGUGACAAUAGCUGCGACCGUAGUGUACAAUGCGACACAGUCGAUUCUCGAAACAUCCACCGUACACUAGAUGAUGCAAAAUUACUCAGAGCUUUCGGAAAACGACGAAUGCUUUGUUCUGAUAUUAAAAGACAAAAAGAUCCUAGAAGAGCUUUAAUCAAUUAAAUUUGUAAUUAUUUUUCAGACUAUUUGUCAAGGUUUCUAGCACGACAAAUAUCAAACUAUGUACGCCAGAAAAAAAUAGUGCUGAAAUCGCAAUAUCAUCGUCCCAAUGAUAAAUCACACAUUUCUGCUAUCUACCGAUGUGCCACACAAGAAGGCUGGUACAUUGUUAUAAUUUCCUGUAAUAUAGUACACUUAACUAUGUAUAAAGGGUAAUGUGAAUGUCUGUAUGAAGUAUGAAGGCGCGAUGACUACUGUAGAGGCGUUUAGUAUAAGUGUUGUAUACUGGAAGGACUUUGUGAUCAAAGAGUCUGGAGACAUUUUAGGUAGAUCCUGAAUCAAUUGACCCAUAAAAAUGUUAAGAACAUAUUUAUAUGGCAGCAUGUCAUACCAAUCGGGCUCAAUAUUGCGGUUAGUUUACGCUCUAGACACUAGGAAGGACAAACUAAUAAACAAAUAGCAUAUUUU